AUUUUCUUCUACGUUUUGUUUAAAUUCACUUAAAAAUCGAGCGCCGGACUCUGUGGGAUUGCGUCGUGAUUCGUUUGAGGACAAGUCGAAGUUCAACCAUGGUUUCUGUAGUUGAAAACAACGCCAGCCCGGACUCUGCAUUUACUGUCGUACGGAUGGAGCCAUCAGACAUUUUGAGUCUUGCUGGUCAGUUUGUUGUGCAAUACUACACCGUUAUGAAGAAGUGUCCAUCUGGAAUCCAUCGUUUCUAUAAGGACGAUUCUUCCAUGAUACGGGAGGACACUCCAGUCUGUGGUCAGAGGAUGAUUCAUGAGAAAAUUAUGAGUAUGAAUCUUCGGGACUCACAAAUUGCGAUCCUAAAGCUAGACGCACUACGUGCCAAUGGCAAUAGCGUACUAAUUCAUGUUGCUGGUGAAAUAAGUAUAGCUAAUGAAGAAUUUAGACGGUUUACUCAGUGCUUCAUUCUGAGGGAGCAGGCCCCAUGCGACUUCUAUGUAUUAAAUGACAUAUUUCGUUAUCAAGAUUACGUAUAUGGUGAUUUGAAAACUAAUGUGGAGACUAACAAUGACCAUUCGACAAAAGUAGAUGAAUAUAGCCCAUCUAAAGGUGUAUCACACUGCUCGGUGCCUCACUCAGCAAGAGACGAUCACGCACACAAUUGGGACGGUUUAUCGAAAGGAGACUAUAAACAAACCGUCGAUGAGAUUCAGACUCGCAAUCCAGAGGUUAAGCAAGACCACUUGACAGUAGAUCACACAGUGCCACAUUCUUCCGCUUCACCAACUGUCCAGCAGGAACUCGUGAACCAGUCUCAUCCUGUCAGUCCACCGCAUUCAUCUGUUCAACCUGGGCCUCGCAGCUGGGCAGAAAUGGCAUCUCAACAGCCUCAUGCUGCACAAGCACACAAAGUGUCGAGGACUAACACCAAUGUUUCUGAUUAUGACACAGACGAACGCCACAGAGUUGGUCUGCGCCAGUCUGCAGAUGGUUCUCAAAGGGUUCGCAGUAUGGGGUCACGCCAGCAAGGUGGUGAUUCACGGGGCAUUUCAGAAAUGAAUUACGCACAAGAUAGCCGCGUUGCUCCAAGAGGAAAUGCACCUAAAGGUUCGGGCUUCGGUGGGCCUUCUCGUGGUGGUGGCGGUGGUGGCGGCCGAGGUGGACGUGGUGGAUUGGGGAAUGGAAGUAUGGGCGGAAGAGGUUCUGCAGCAGUUAAUCCACGUAGAACAAGUUAAUAUCAACAGUGGAAUUAUCGCCUUGAUUGAACAACGCAAAUACUACAGAUACCUUCAUACACAUUGGUUUACUUUCUGUACUUGACACAUCCCACAAUAUGUGUUCUCAAAUGCAUCUAGAAACCAAGUUUGAUAACUUACAAUUUGUCCGCUUGCUGGUUUUGAAUUUGUUAGUUAAUUUGCCUUGGUGUUUUUAAUAUGACUAUUCUCUCACAGGUUCUCCUUAAUACAUGAGAUUGUAAAGCAGCAUUUCAACUGUUUUUCUCCCACAGAAUAUGUAACUAACAAGAGAGGUUUUGUGCAUUAGUUUGGAGUACUAACUUAUUGUGUAUUGAUUUAAAUUUUGUGUUUGUGCUAGUGUUGUAUUGAUAGGACUGCAUUUAGGUGGUAUCAUUUUGUAAGUUCUCAUUAAAAUUUAUCCAGGCACAUUGAAGUAUUUUUAACACGCACAUUAACUUGUAGCAUGUGAUCCUACGACAAUAAAGUCACACGUCACAACUCACUUUAUUAAUAAUCUUUGAACUGUAAUACGACCAAAGUAACCGAUAAUAUGACAAAUUCUCAUUCAUAAUUUCGAAGCUGAGUCUUCUAUUUUUUGGUUGUUGAAAAACUUUUUUUCAUGUCAUCGAACCUUGACUUAUUCGUCAUUAUUGAAGACAACUAUGUAUGUGUGUGUUCGAUUGACGUUAAUCCGGUG